ACACAAACAACGAAAGUCUUUUUUGCACUCGCCAUGGUGUCUCAUCUUCAAUGUAUGGCAUCCACAUUGUUUACUUGAGGUACAAGCAAAACAUCUAAGUUCGUCGACCUCCUCUUAAUGGCUUCAAGUUCAACUUCAUUCCCGUUAACCAUCGCGCCACCACAGGGUGUCAGGUUUAACCGAAGAAAACCACGGUUAACCGUGUGGGCUAAGCAAACGGCUUUUCAACUCGGGAAACCGAAGGGUGAUGAUGACUCGGAGGGAAAACCAAAAGGGAAGAACCCGUUUCAGUUCGACUUCGGAAAGUUACCGGACAUCAAGUCACUGAUACCAGUUGUGACGAAUCCUUCUACCGGUUUAGUGUUUGGCAAUAACAGAAAGAAAGAUCCUGGUACGAUUUUUGUGGCCGGUGCUACAGGACAAGCUGGUAUACGUAUAGCUCAAACGCUCUUGCAACGAGGAUUCAGCGUUCGAGCCGGUGUUCCUGACCUUGGAGCUGCCCAAGACCUCGCUCGUGUCGCGGCUACUUACAAGAUUUUAUCAAAUGAUGAAGUCAAGAGGCUAAACGCAGUUCAAUCCCCCUUCCAAGACGCAGAAUCAAUCGCAAAAGCGAUUGGAAACGCGACUAAAGUUGUUGUGACGGUUGGGGCGACAGAAAAUGGUCCUGACGCCCAAGUCUCGACCUCAGACGCUCUGCUCGUGGUCCAAGCGGCUGAGCUCGCUGGUGUAAGCCAUGUGGCGAUCGUUUAUGACGGGAGCAUCAGCGGAUCCACGUACAACGUGCUAGACGGGAUUACUUCGUUUUUCGGCAACCUUUUCGCAAAAUCUCAGCCAUUGACUAUCUCUGACCUCAUCGAGAAAGUAGCUCAAACGGACGUGGCGUACACGCUCAUAAAGACGAGUUUGGUGGAGGAUUUCUCGCCGGAGAAAGCUUAUAACGUCGUCGUUUCAGCUGAAGGAAGUAACAGCGGCAGUGGCAGUAGUUCGUCCGAGGCCUACAAAGUCCCGAAGUUGAAGAUUGCAUCGCUGGUAGCAGACAUUUUUGCGAACACGGCCGUGGCAGAAAAUAAGGUGGUGGAAGUUUCUACAGAUCCAUCAGCACCGUCGCGGCCAGUGAACGAGCUUUUCAGUGUAAUCCCGGAAGAUGGGAGGAGAAAAGUGUACGCAGCUGCGAUUGCAAGGGCAAGAGCAGAGGAAGAAGCUAAAGUUGCAGCUGAGAAAGCCCGAGAGGCAGCAGAAGCAGCGAAAGAGUUUGAGAAACAAAUGCAAAAGCUAUCUGAGAAAGAAGCAGAAGCUGCUAGCUUAGCUGAGGAUGCGCAGCAGAAAGCUGACGCCGUGGGAAUCACAGUGGACGGUCUAUUUAACAAGGCGAAAGAUAUCGGCUCAGGUCUCUCCUGGAAUAAACUCGGUUCUCAGUUCGCAACCGCGGUUCAAAACGCUUCAGAGACGCCUAAAGUACAGGUUGCUACGGUCAGAGGACAAGCUAAAGCGAGAAACUUGCCACCCAAGAAAGCAGUGGUGAAACAGAGACCAUCAUCUCCAUUUGCAUCCAAACCGAAGGAAGAACGUCAGAAGAAGCCAGAGAAAGAGGUGAGGAAAGUGUUUGGAGGACUGUUUAAGCAAGAGACCAUUUAUGUCGACGACGACUGAAAACGCCAUAAACUAUGUCGUUUCAGAGCUCCGUACAGUUUCCUUUUUUUGUUUCCUUCUGUUUCAAGUUAAAUUUCUGUAAUCAUAUGAUAAAAUUAUAUAUAAAAAAACCAUUGUUCGUUCUCUCUUUAAAUCAA